GCAUCUAAAAGUCUGGAGGGAUUGUACGCUUGCAUCGCAUUCUAACUCAAUAUGUGCUUGGGAAAUAAUUGUCCCACGAUCUGCUUCACUGAGUGCUGACUUAACAGCUCGCCAUUUAUAGUCCUUUGUCUUCUUUAUUCCUCACGCGCUUGUCAUCCCACCAACAGCCCACCUGGCUGUUUGGUAGUUGCUCGCGCUUCUUUGUCUGCUCCUCGGCGCGCUUAGUUUGUCGCAUACCCUGUCCACCCUUCAAGAGAUGGCACGCCAUCCUCCUCCUGACCGAACCUCGACUCAGGCACUUUCACCUGAGCCAUCCUCCGAGAAAGAAAACCGGCCAGCAUCAGCCAGUAAUACCAAGCGGGUUCAGAUCCAAGCCAUGCCCAGCAGCGCCGCUAGAAAGCGACAACGAUUGUCCACCCGGGGCACCAACACACAAGCAAGCCAAUCUCAGGGAUCACGUUCUCAGCAGACCCGCGCUACGGACUAUUACGACCCAGAUCAAGAUGAAGCCGAACGACGGAGAAUCCGUAAAGGUCUGAGAGACCUGACGCGGGACCUCAACGACUCCCGCAGUGAGUUCAUGCAGGCUGGAAACAGUGGUAUUCGUUCCACUAUAGAAAAGGCCAACGAGUUGUUUCGGGGCGUCAAGCAGACCUCGGAUGCAACCAUCGAUUCCAGACUACUAGUCAGCGCAGCGGAUCUUGGAUAUAAGAAGACCGCACAAUUAGUUCUGGGCGACGCCAGUGCAGGCAUUGACGUUGACGAGUUUGUCUCGAAGUGUAUCACCUUCAUGCGUCAGGCCCCUGCGGAAACCCAGAGCACAGUCCCCAGUAGCACACAACAUCGUCGCGCCGCCUGGCCAACUGAGGACGAUGACGAAGAUAAUGGAGAUGCGUUGAACUGGGAUUGGCUCGGACGCGCUGCGUCCUUCUGCAGCAACUCCCGGCCCUCGGUUCCUGGCUUCCUUCUCGGCCCGCUUUCGGUGCAGAAAAGAACCCGUCAGCAGGCCGUACGGAGGGUCAGAGAGCGCAUCGAUCCCAGCCGGGCGGUCGCACCGCAGGACCUCCAGGACAAGGACCUUGACAGGCAGGAGACAUCCAAUUUGACUACCAUGUGUGGCAGUAUCAAUAAAUUACUGGCGAAGACACAGAAUAAUGGCCAAGACACUGUUGAGAGACAAUUGUCCGAACUCCAGGCCGAGCCGUCGCAAGAAAUGCUACAAAGAGUGAUGGCAGAAAAUAAUGUGGCUGACGAUGGUGGUGUUCCCUUGUUCCGCUUCUGCAUCAACCCGAAGUCCUUUGGGCAAAGUGUGGAGAAUCUGUUCUACGUAAGCUUUCUAGUUCGCGAUGGCUUGAUUGGUAUCUCAGUGGAUAGUAGAGGGUUACCCACGUUACAUGCUGCGAAGCCACAUGCGCCCAGCGAAGCUCAAAAGAAGGGAGUCCAAAAGCAUCAGGCUAUUUUCACAUUGGACUUUGAGACCUGGCAUGCUCUGAUUGAGGCAUAUGCAAUCGAUGAAUGCAUUAUUCCUCACCGCGAGGAAGAAGCCCAGCCAACAGCGCAGACCUGGCGAUAGUCAUGUCUCGAGAAACGAUGCUGGACUGACUGACUGACUGUGAUGACCUUUUUCUACCCAUGUAUCAGGCGUAUGGUUGCGUUGCUUGUUGAUGAGGAUACCCCUUUGUUGCAGAAGGCGAGAGAUUUACUGUAUAUUUGGCGGAGUUCCAUUCGGUGUAGAAAAUUAUUACAAACAACUUGCGG